UUUUUUUUUUUAUUAUACAAAAUGACCCUAAUUAUGAAAUUUAUCUCACGUAUGACAUUAAUAAGUGUUAUUUAGUUAAAAAAAACUAACUAUGGUUAGCUUUGAAAAAUAAAAAAACUAUAAAGAAAAACCACCAUCUUAGCCACCACCUCCACCCUCAUCCCCACCAAACGUAGCCAGACCAGCACCACCUCCACCUUCACCGGAGCCACCGAACCCCUCAUCUGAAAACGCCAACCUGCCACCAAACCGCUGAACCAUCGCCUCCACCCUCCACCGCCUAGACCCGAACCCUAACCUCACAACUUUCUCUCCUUUGACCUUCGAUUCUCGCCGUGGGGUUGGUUUUGGUCGAGGAGGGGUGGUGGGUUUAGGGUUUGAGGUUUCAAUUCUGGGCGGGGAUCUGAGAGAAAUCGAUGAAGGAGAGGCGGAGAAGAAAGAGAGAGAGAUCGAUCGGUGGUCGAAUCUGGCUAAUUUGAUGGUCUGGGGGUGGUCGGGAAUCUGAGUUCGGCGAUUUAGAGGUGGUUACGUGAGAAGGAGGAGAGAGAGAGUGAGGGUCGUGGGUGCGGAUUUGGGAAUCUGAUUGGCGAUGGUCGAGGUAGAGCUGGCGCAGCGUCACUAGCGGACGGGGAGCCUGAGUAGCAUCGCUGGCGGUCGGAGAAACCUAGGGUAGCGUCGCCGGAAAGGGUGAUGGUGGCUGGCAGAGAAAGAAGAAAACCAGAAAAAGGGAUUAAAAAAUAUGGGAAUUUUUUCGAAUAAGAUUUCAAAGGAAGUCCUGAAACCCGGAGAUCACAUCUAUUCUUGGAGAAACGCCUAUCUUUACUCUCAUCAUGGCAUAUAUGCUGGCGAGGGAAAAGUUAUCCACUUUACAAGAGGACCAGGCCAGGAAAUAGGCACAGGAACUUUUCUAGACAAUAUUGUCUUCAGCUCAUCAGCUUCCUCUGAUCGUACAAAAAGUCCGUGCCCUGUAUGUGGUGACCAAUCAAACCUCAGUGGUGUCAUUUCAUCCUGUCUUGACUGUUUCCUCUGGGAUGGCGAGCUUUAUCUCUUUGAAUACAAGGUAACACCUGCUUUCUUCCUUGCAAAGGCACGUGGUGGAACCUGCACGUUGGCCCCCUCAGACCCUCCAGAAGAUGUUCUAUCCCGUGCUUCCUUUCUCUUAGAGAAUGGUUUUGGUGGUUACAACAUCUUCAGGAAUAACUGUGAGCACUUUGCCAUAUAUUGCAAGACGGGUUUGCUUGUGGUAACAGACAUAAGUGUGGGGCGAAGUGGACAAGCCACGGCUUUUGUAGCUGCUGUGAGUGCAAUUGUCUCUUCCCCACUAAGAUUCUUAACCACUAGCUGUAGUGGGUUGGCAGCCGUGGGAUGUGGUAUGUACUGUGUUAGCAGGCUGGUGGCUGACAUUGGAGUGAGGCGUGAUGUGAUGAAGGUUGCUGUUGAGAGGCUUGUUAGCCGUUGUGACUUAGUCCAGUCAGCUGAGACUGGAACUGCUAAACUAGAGCUUGUUAACAGCUGUGACGUAGAUCUGCCAGCCGAGACUGAAACUGCUACACUAAGGCUUGUUAGCAGCUGUGGUUUAGACCUGCCUGGUGAAUCUGCUGCUGCUAAACAAGACUAGUAUUUGGCUGUCUUGAUCAAGACCAGCUUAUUGAUGGUUGUCUCGAUUGAGACCAAUUCCUCAGGUUAUUGUUUGUGUUCUGGUGUGGAAUUAUAUUUAUCGAGAAAAUUCUCUGAUUUGUUGGAAAUGUAAUAUCUGAGUCACCUAUCCUUGUUGGAAGUUGGCUAUUCAAACUUUAGGGCAAUCAAAUUGGUGUAAAUACUGAACCUGUACAACAAAGACAAUCUCCGCGUAAGUUGUUUUUGGAUGUCAUUUGUUUUCAAUCUAGACCUUCAUCGCAUAAGAUAUUUUAUUUACU